GCAGUGUCAUUUGGUCUGAAAUUAUUCUUAUCUCAGAUAAAGAGUUCAGUUUUCUAAUUCACCACUUAUUUGUCAUUUGAAUUACUUUAAAAUACAUUGAACUUUGCAGUUAUCUCAUAUGAUGGGGUGGAUGCGUAAUUGCCUUGUGGGCUGGUGGCUGUGCUACUCUCUGAUCUCUGUGAUCACUGCUGAAGAUCAACUGAUACUGGGGAGUCCAGAAGAUUGCAAGAAUUCUGACUUUGUCCCUGGGUACAACCUUGGAGGAGAGGGCUUUGACAUUGUGAAGAUGGAGCGUAAAGGUUCCUAUGUCAUCGACAUGGAAACGUGGAACACAGGAAACGGCAGCUGCAAAUUGCAUAAAAACAGAUACUUAAACGGAAAAAAGGAGAAGCUGCCCAUUGCUGUGGUAUUCUGGAGAUCAAUUUCAAAGUGUUCACAGAAGAUUUCCAGCAAAAUGUAUGAGUCAAGUGAAGCUGUUGUAAAAGAUUCUACCUCUUCAGUCUCAAAUAACUGGAAAGUUGGUUUGGACAUACCAUUAACAGCUGGUGGAUCAUUAGGGGGCACCCAUUCCCGUGAGGCAACCAACGCUAUGGCAAAGUCAAAAGAAGACAAGUUCAGCUUCACUAAGCAUGAAGUCAAAUGCAGCUUUUACAGCUACAAAAUAGCAUCACCACCCCCACUGCAUCAGGAGUUUCUUCAAGCUGUGAAGUCUCUUUACCCCACAUAUGAUUCACACUCCUAUCAAAGCAUAAUUGACAGAUUCGGCACUCACUAUACCACAGGAGUCAAUCUGGGUGGGAAGAUAAAGGCAGUAACUGCCAUCAAAACCUGUAAAGCAGCAAUGGAUGGCCUUACAAACACAGCAACUAAGGACUGCUUGGAUGUAGAAGCAUCAGGGACAUAUCAAGGUGUAAGACUGAAAACAGAAUUCUCUCACUGUCAAGAACUAAAGAAGAAACUGAAUAUUAAAGAAACAUUCAGCUCAAUGUUUGAUGACCGACAAACAGAGAUUACAGGAGGGAACAUCAAUGAUGAAGACCUCCUUUUUUCCACUACAUCUCAAAAUGCUCGAAAAGUGUGGCUGGAAUCCUUGAAGUCCAUCCCAGACGUAGUGACAUACACUCUUAAACCCCUCCACUUACUGCUGAAUGAUAAUAACCCUGCUAAAAAGGGAUUGAAGUCAGCCAUAGAAAAGUAUAUAAGGAAUAAUGCCUUAAAGCAAGUUUGCUCUGAGUCUUGUAAAAUAGGGAAGAAUAACAGUGCCAGAGACCGCUGUGUCUGUGUUUGUCAAAGAAGUACAAAUAUACUGUCCAACUGCUGUCCUACUAAAAGAGGUCUUGCCACACUGAAGGUCUUUAAACUUUAUGCUAAAGAUUUAUAUGGAGAUAUCUUCUCCAGAACAGAUGCCAGAGUGGAAGUCAUAUAUGGUGAUCUAAUUAGGCGCACUGCAGUGAUUAAUGAAAAUGACAAUCCUCGCUGGAGUGAAUCAUUUAAGUUUGGUUCCAUCACGAUAUCUCUGAAAAAUAAGCUUACCUUUAAUGUGUAUGAUGAAGACACCUACUGGAAUAGUGACCAUCUAGGUACAUGUGGUUUUGAUCUUAAAAGUGGAAAAUGGAGUGAGGUUUGUAUGUUUAAGUAUGGCACCUUCUUUUUUUCCUAUACUGUAGAAUGUGCUCCUAGUCUACAGGGUCCAAAGUGUGCAGAUUACAGUCCUUCUCCAAUGGCCUCCUCUCUGGCUGAAAUAUUCAACUCCAGAAAUGGCAUUCUGGCUAAAAAUAUGUGGAAGCUUGAGACAGCCAGUAAUCAUUCAAAAAAGCUUUAUUUCUAGAGCAAUUUUGGAGGAAAGGAGAAAAAGUUUCUGCAGAAGUUUUGUUAAACAACUCAAUUCAGAUUGUAGGUGCCACAGGUGAAACUAUUUUGAGUUAUGAAAUACCUUGAUUUUCCAUUUCUCCUUUCAUAUUGUAGUAACUGUAAUGUUUAUAACCAUUGCUAGCUUCUAUUUCUGCUUAUCUGCAAGUUUGCUAUGGUUUAAUUAAAGCAUUCACAAAGACAGACAAGUGAA